AUGACUGCGUUUGAAGAGUUUGGUGUCCUCCCCGAACUGGGGAAGGCGAUUGAGGAGAUGGACUGGACACUGCCAACAGAUGUUCAAGCCGAAGCCGUACCGCUCAUCUUAGGUGGUGGAGAUGUGCUCAUGGCGGCAGAGACAGGUAGCGGCAAGACUGGAGCUUUCUGCUUACCAAUCCUGCAGAUAGUUUGGGAGACGUUGAAAGAUAUACAAGAGGGGAAAACGAGUAAGAUAAUACAGACGAUCUCAACAGAGUUGACUAUGUCGUUCUUCGACCGCAAUGAUGCUCUGGCGGUCACUCCAGACGGUCUGAGGUGUCAAUCCCGUGACCAGAAAGGUUGGCAUGGGUGUAGGGCAACUAAAGGUGUGCACAGCAAGGGUGCCUACUACUAUGAGGCCACUGUCACAGACGAGGGUCUUUGCCGCGUGGGCUGGUCUACACAGGCUGCAAGGCUGGACCUUGGUACUGAUAGAAUGGGAUUUGGUUUUGGAGGCACAGGCAAGAAGUCAAAUAACAAAAACUUUAAUGACUAUGGUGAACCAUACGGAAUGCAUGAUGUUAUAGGGUGUCUACUAAAUCUGAACACUGGUGAAAUAAGCUACACCAAAAAUGGAGUAAACCUUGGAGUUGCAUUCAGCAUAGACCCAAACAGGCGUGGAGAGUGCUACUUCCCAGCUGUUGUACUUAAAAAUGCUGAGAUGAGCUUCAAUUUUGGAAAGACACCAUUUAAGUAUCCACCACCUGCAGAAUAUGUAGCCAUUGCAGCAGCCCCCAAAGACUGUAUGAAAGUGAAUGUAGUAUCAUCAGACAGUGCGGUGGAAGCCACACCAGCCAACAAUGCACCUAGAUGUAUCAUUAUUGAGCCCUCAAGAGAAUUAGCAGAGCAAACUUGCACCCAGAUAACGAAAUUUAAGAAGUACUUAGAGAAUCCGAAGAUUCGCGAGUUAUUGGUAGUAGGAGGCAUAAAUGUGAAGGAUCAGAUCAAUGCACUCAAUGCUGGUAUAGACAUUGUUGUCGGCACGCCGGGACGAUUGGAAGAUUUAAUCCAAGGAGGUUACUUAGCAUUGACUCACUGUCGAUUCUUCGUACUGGAUGAGGCUGAUGGUCUGCUGAAGGCAGGCUAUGGUGAACUGAUUGAGCGACUUCACAGACAAAUUCCUAAGAUCACCUCGGAUGGACGUCGAUUGCAAAUGGUUGUCUGUUCAGCUACUCUACACGCUUUUGAAGUUAAGAAGAUGGCGGAGAAACUGAUGCACUUCCCGACGUGGGUAGAUCUGAAAGGGGAGGACUCAGUGCCAGAGACCGUGCACCACGUGGUCGUCAAUGUGGACCCGCAGAAGGACCGCUCAUGGGAGACUCUGCACAAGCACGUGCAGACAGACGGCGUCCACUCAAAGGACAACAUCCGCAGCGGUAACACAACUCCAGAGACACUGUCGGAGGCCAUCAAGAUUCUCAAGGGAGAGUACUGCGUACGUGCCAUAAAGGAACAUAAGAUGGACAGAGCCAUAAUCUUCUGCCGCACAAAGUUAGACUGUGAUAACAUGGAAAGGUACCUAAAGUCGUACGGUAGCGAGUUUAGUUGUGUCUGCCUCCACGGUGACCGCAAGCCAGCUGAACGUAAAGGCAACUUGGAGAAGUUCAAGUCUAGCCAAGUCAAAUUCCUGAUCUGUACUGAUGUUGCCGCCAGGGGUAUUGAUAUAUCUGGACUGCCAUUCAUGAUCAACGUGACUUUGCCGGACGAGAAAUCAAACUACGUGCAUCGCAUCGGUCGUGUCGGUCGUGCGGAACGUAUGGGUCUUGCUAUCAGUCUCGUAUCCACUGUACCCGAGAAGGUGUGGUAUCACGGCGAGUGGUGCUCGUCCCGCGGCCGUAACUGUUGGAACACGAACCUCACGGACGACCACCCCCGGGGCUGCUGCAUGUGGUAUAAUGAACCACAGUAUCUGGCCGACAUAGAGGACCAUCUGACGAUCACGAUUCAGCAGAUUGCGACCGACAUGAAGGUGCCCGCUAACGAGUUCGACGGUAAAGUUGUGUACGGACAGAAGAAGAGGCAGACUGGCACUGGAUAUCAGGACCACGUGAGCCAGAUGGCGCCAGUAGUGAAAUCUCUUCAGGAACUAGAGUCGCAAGCACAGCUCUACUAUCUCAAACUGCAUCAUAACGUAACCAUUGGUUGA